CCGGAAUCGUUAGGUAGAACCGGAAUCGGAACCGGAAAAUUUCUCACGAUUCCCAAACCUACUUAUAAUUGGUGUCAAGGAUCCCCUCAUACAGACACUUGAGCAAACUGUGAUCUGCAUUUAAAAAAAAACAUAUUUCUGAGUAAACUUUUGUUUUGGUGAGAAAAAGUUGUCAAUCUGGUAGAGUACAAAGUCAACAAAGUUGUGUUACAUAGAUUUGGCAAGGGGUGUUGAGUGCAGCAUUUUACAAAAGAUAAAGAGUUCAUGUUGGGCCUAGAACACAUUAGCUUUUCUUUUACUGUGAAGUAACAAACAUAUCUGAUUACAUCAUCUAACAGGUUAUUGUCGUCACCUUAUUCCUCGGCUGAAUUUACCAUUAAUAAUUUAAAACUGACACCUUUGUUGGCAACAACAUUGUUUCUGACACUAUUUCGCUGGUGACGGUCUCAGCAGCCUUUGGACUUUCUUUGAAACUCUUUCUUGAAAUUCUUUGAAAAAGAAGAACUAAUACGCUACAGUGUGAUAGGAGCUGUCAGUGGAUUCUGAAUUAGAUUUUCAUCUGGUCUGGUUUUCUUCUUGAGAAAUAUCUACAGAUUUCUAACAUCGCUAGAUAAACGCAAAUCGAGCUAAUAAUGACGAAUGAGAAGAUGCUUCCAGCCCAAGAGGCUGCUAAAAUCUACCACACCAAUUAUGUGAGAAAUGCCAGAGCCAUCGGCGUCUUGUGGGCUGUUUUCACCAUAUGCUUCGCCAUCAUUACUGUGGUGGUCUUCAUUCAGCCCUAUUGGAUUGGUGACAGUGUUAACACCCCGCAGGCUGGAUACUUUGGGCUUUUUCACUACUGUAUUGGCAACCCCAUCACCUCUGAAUUAGUCUGUAAAGGAAGUGUGUUUGAUUUUGGUUCGAUCCCCUCUGGGGCUUUCAGGACUGCUAUGUUUUUUGUAGGCACCUCAAUGCUCCUUAUCGUAGGCACCAUUGUGUGCUUGGGUCUUUUCUUCUUCUGCAACUCCGCAAGUGUGUACAAGAUAUGCGCAUGGAUGCAAACAUCUUCAGCUGUGUUGAUGGUGAUGGGUUGUAUGAUAUAUCCGGACGGGUGGGAUGCUCCGGAGGUAAAGCGAAUGUGUGGCGAGCGGACGGACAAGUACACGCUGGGGAACUGCACCGUUCGCUGGGCUUAUAUUCUAGGAAUUAUCAGCAUCCUGGACGCAGGGUUACUGGCACUGCUUGCUUUCACUCUGGGCAACCGGCAAGACAAACUGCUGCCAGACGACUUCGAGGUGGAGGGAGCAAACAACGGAUGAGAUAAAACCUAAAUCCAACAGAAGAUCUGAACUGCAGUGGACAUGGAACUGGACAUUUGUACAAAGGAAAUGUAAUCAUAAAGUCUUGUAAACCUGAAGAGAAACGGUUUCAAUUAAAUUCAAAUGAAUGUAUAUGCAUAGCACAUUUCAUAAUAAAUAUUGUUUUAAUGCAUGGUGAAUGCUUCCAAA